UCAGUUACAUGUGGGUCAGUAGUGAACGGAACACUAAAAAGUCCUGCAUAUUCAAAUGAAUUCUAUGCAGACAACAUCAACUGCAUCAACAAUGUUUCGAUCCCAGAUGGUAAGGUGAUGAGACUCAAGUUUCGAGCAUUUGCUCUGGUAUCGGAUUCAAAAUGCAGGUAAGGGUAAAUACGUUUGGCUCGUCUUUUCUGAGCUUUAAUAUUGUGAUAGCGGAAAAGUAACUUAAAAAAAAAGAGCUGUUUGAAAGAGCCUUCAAAGCCCAUUCGGCUGUCAUAAAGUCGUUUCCUUCUAUCGGUUUGGUCAAAAAAGCUGCAAAUUACUAUAGGGCUACCCUGGACCCAUAGGGCUUCUCUUUUUAUUUCUUUCAAACGAGCGUCCGUGAAACGCCUAGUAAGAGACGAAAAAUCUUGUGACCAUCGUACCGAAUCUCACUUUCAUGCAGGCGUUAGGUGAAGAUCUGACCCUCGGGUUCUGGCUAUUUUAACCACUACGAAAUUCAAAUCUUACUGGUUGUUGCCAUGCAUCAAGCAAAGCGACAGUAGGGACAUUUCUUAUUUUUCAGCAAGGUAUAAUUAAUAUUGAUAGAGAUUUUCUUGUAGGAAUGUUUAUUUGAAAAUAUCGAAUGGUGUUACUGAAGAUCGAUUCUGCGGUGACCAGCUCACUGGAAGAGACCUUCUUGUGUCAGGCAAUUACGUUGUAUUGACAUUCCACUCGGAUUGGCGGCUAGUUAAAAAGGGACGAUUUGAAAUAUCCUUCGCUUCAGAAAUUCCCUGUAAGUUUAAAAAAGUUUCAGAUUAAAAUCUUAAUAUUGUUUCAUUAUUUCCACAGCACUCAUCCUUUCUUGUCCUUAUUGCACUUACAGUUGUAUCACAAUCCUUUUAGGAAAUUAAAUGAAUCAUUCUCGGGUCUAGUCUGUUUUGAGUUUGGUGAUAUUUACUAAGGCGGUAAAUAUCACCAAACUCAAAACAGACUAGACCCGAGAGAAAAUCUCUUCAAUUUGCAACUGCUUUCUCUUUAGUGUUCAACUCUUGGACGUACACCCAUAUUCGCGUUCCACGGUGGAACUUUUAUUUUUAUGCACGCACGCUACCUCGUUACCUUCAGUUGGUGAUUUAGCAAUUUAAAGAGGGUACCCUAUACACCUUUGCACAGGGCGUCAUAGUAUGGCGUACGAUCCCCGCCAAAAUUCAUGGUUUGAAUUUUAAGUUGCUCAUUUAAAUUUUCAACUUCAACGCUUGAAUUUUACAGCUGAAUUCAAUACUUAACACUCUUCCUUUCAAAUUGACAUCAUUGGAAAACGUUUUUUACAUUUGCCUUUUAGCUUUUGAACUCAACUUUUUUAUUUGGCCUUGAUGCCUGAACCAGUACUCUACAUUUGACUGAGAUGCCAAUUUUGCACUCGAUACUGACUCUCCGCAUUUGGCCAGUCACCGCGUCAAAUUUCAAACUCAGCGUCGUAUAUUUUCAACUCAGCUUUUGAAUUUUUAUUUACGCUUCAGUCAUCAUUGGACGAGACAAAAGAAGCCUUUGUGGGAUUGGGAGAUGGCGACCGAUCGACCUCCUCCCCCGGCUUAUUCGUCCAUCAUGCUUUGUGAAAAAAGGGAGUCAGUAGUCAACACACGACUUCCACAUCAAGCCAAAAUCCUGCUUGCUCUGUUAAAACGUAAAACUUUUUAACUCAAAGAUUUUCUUUUGUCCGUGAAUGAGAUGAUUUCCUGCAAUUUUUUGUCCCUCUGGGCCCAGAUCGUUAACGUUCUUUGCAGAUUGUUAAAUUCUCAUGGAUAGUGAUUUACAGAUCCAAGUUUUAUAUAUAGAAGAAUCAAUUGCAGCUUAAAAUGAAGCCACAUCAACUAUGGACAAUGUGCAUUAUGUAGUUCAAGAAAUUAUCGAUCCCCCCUCCCUCCGACGGAGGGCACAUUUACUUUAGACCCCUCCACCCCUUGGAAUUUGCCUUCCAGGGGUUUCUUGUCAGAACGCCACACCCCCAGGAAUUUUCGUAAUUUUCCAUCUUGGUUAGGCACCCCUUGGAAAUAAUAUUUCCGUCAAAGUUUGCUGUUGCAAACCAAACUUUUCUCCGGUUUUCCGACAGAACAACAAGUAUCACAAAAUUCUGAUACUCUUUAAUUGGAGACACCUGUUUCCUUUAAAAUUUGAAUUGUAUUUCAAUUGCUGUAAGAACUGAUUUGUUCAGGUACUAAACUUUUGACUGUAAAUUGUAUUUGUCCUUUUCACCUGCCGAAUUACCCACGUCCAUCCUCGCCUUAAACGAAGAUCUUACGACAAUAUCUCAGUGGUGCUGUAAAAACUCUCUUUUGAUUAAUCCGGACAAAACUAAGGUUCUAGCUGUUAGAUUACCACAACUUUUAACGAAACUGUCAUCAUUCAGUAUAACACUUUUUGACAAGGAAAUAACACCUGCGCCUGUUGUUAAGGACUUGGAUGUUCUUCUCGACACACGCCUCAGUUAUAACCAACAUAUCACUGAGACUGCCUCGAAAUGCCUUUUUAAAUUGUACCAAAUUAACAGAAUCAAGCAUCUCCUGGAUAGGAAAACACUUUUGUUAGUAAUAAAUUCAUUUGUCUUUAGUAAACUCCAAUAUUGUUCAACUGUCUGGAGUAAUACCAGCAGCAGCAAUAUUGACAAGUUACAAAAAGUCCAAAACUUUGCUGGACGAAUUAUUCUGGGACUAAGAAAGUAUGACCAUAUUUCGGAUGGGUUGCGAUCGUUGAAAUGGCUUCCUAUUAGAGAGAAACUCAUUCUAAAUGACGCUACUAUGAUGCACAAAUGUAUUAACAAGCUUGUUCCAGACUAUCUUGCUGAUAUGUUUAAAUCACGUUCUCAAGUCCAUAAUAGACAAACUCGAUCAUCUGGUGCUUUGGAUAUACCUUUAUGUCGCCUGUCAACAGGGCAGCGCUCCUUUGCUUUCAGAGGAGCCAAACUCUGGAACUCCUUGAAUGAUAAUAUUAAGUCCUUAAAAUGCCCCAGGAAUUUUAGGCGUCAUCUUGCAAAUGUUUUAUUAAGUUGAUAUAUUUUUUGUAAUUAUAAUAUUAUUGUACUUACAUUCUUAAUUAAUUUAUAUAAAUUUGUAUUUUUUAUUCUAUUGAGCUGAAAAGCCCACUUAGGGAGCAUCAAUAAAGUGUAUGUAUGUAUGUAUGUAUGUAAACUGUAUACAAUACAAUCAGCUGGACUAGCUUAACCAAACGUCCGCUACACAACCGUUUUUUGUGUCGUCGGGGAGGAGCGUUGCGUAAUGACUCUAAAAGCGGCUGUGUAGCAGACUACUUGACCAGAGGGUACAUUGUCCUUUGGGGAAAGGGUUCUAAUUUUUGACUUUAAAGGGACUGGUUCACGAUAAUGCGCAUGUGUGAGUUCUGACAGUAGCUGAUUGUUUUUAAACCAAUCGGAAGCGAGUUAGAUGCACGCAAGUAAAUUUACAAAAUUCAAAUUCAUUGUUCGCGACGCGAGAGUAUUUCCGGGCAUUGGGUUUGAUUUUAUAUAUCCCCAUAAUUGAAGUUUAUUCUUUGCUACUCUUCAAAUAUAUGUUGCAGCCGAUAAGAAUAAGAUUUACAGCCCUGUCCUGCUUUGAAACAAACAUUUACCAACGUGUAUUUUUACGAGGUCGUACCCACGCCAACAAAGCAGUCACAGUAGUGGGGGAGGCACCGAAUUAACUUUUUGAGCGGUAUAAAUUAACGCAGAUGACGUUAUGCAUCUCAUUAAGAUAGGAUGAUGUUAUAGUUUAUUUUUAGUUGGAGAAGGGGUUGACGUCAUCAAAAAAUGUUGAGAUCAUAAUCUAUAAAUAGAAAAGUGAGUUUUUGAUAUAACCAGCUAUUUGCUAUCUUUGCAGAUUAUACUAACUGAAAAAUCUUUAAUCAUUAAAUUAUUUCACUAAAAAUCGGUUAUAAGCAAAACCAAGACACAGAGGUAAACUGAAAAAUCUUUACCUUAAAAGAAGGAAAAACGAGGUUGGGCGUAUGCGGAAUCGUACAAAUUCUUUUCGGGCAAAACAUGAAAAUGAGGUCGAAGCGCAGCGAAGCGAAAAACUGCCUAUCAAGCAAAAAUGUCAAUCUUUGUUUACUUGACUCUGUAGAAAGUAUUGCGCAGGGUAUAAAAGUUCUAUAGAAAACAACAGGUGGUUCUUAAAUAAACUCCAUUCUACUAACUAAUGCAAAAAAAAAUUGGAAUAAGAGGUGCAAUCGCCUAGCAACCCAUGUCUUCUUACUUAACGCUAAAAAUCGGAUGUAUAAACAAAACACACACACACAGAUGCACAAAGUGGAGCUGAAAACUCCCUAUUUCAAUUUUGACUCACCAUUACAAACUAUAUAAGGCAGCGUGGCCGAGUGGUCAGCGCGUCGGACUCGCAAUCCGGCGGUCCCGGGUUCGAGUCCCGUUCUGGCCACUUGCUGGAUUUGUGCUCGGUCGUCCCAAGUUCAAAUUCUCGGCCACGCUUGUAAAUAGCCAACUGGUUGCCUUCUGCUAGUUGGGGUUUUUAAUCCUGUUAUGUUGUAUUUGAAUUAUUUGUCUCUAAAUAUUUGAGUGGAGUGCCUGUAAAUUAGCUGGACAAGCUAAGUGCAAUUUCCACUAUAAACAAGCCUUUAACCUUUUAACCUUUUAAACUAAAGCGUUUUCUCCGGUCCAUCUCGAGGAAACGACUAACCAUUGAAGUCUCAGCGCUUGAUGAGCUUAUGGUCUUGUCAAUUCCCCAGCGGCGUUAGUCAGUUAAUUAUGCGAGUUCACACGCCCAAACUUGAAUACAAAUUAGUUCAUCUCUACAGCUAGACCCAAGGGAGAAACUUGACUUAUUAUUAUAUAUUUUAAAUAACUUAACAAGGAUCAAUUAAAACACGCAACUAAUAAUGGCUGGCAAUAAAACCACAAGACAGAUACCGUUUUAAAAACUUUAUUAAAAACCAAUAACAAAAAAAGAGUCAAAUACCCAGCGAUUUGAAAGGAAAAGGAAUGAAAAUUAAUCCUUUGACUGACUAUUACAAAUCCGUUUUCACCGUUUCUUGUGUCUGUACUGGAUUGUGAUAGUGAUUUUUUCCGGAAUUAUCCGCUUCACUGUCGUAAACGACGACUUUAACUUUAGGUUGCAGUUUCGCCUCUUGUAAAUACUGUCUUCGCUGUAUGUGGUCUAACUGAUGAACAUCCGCGAGAUGGCUAGCUAAUCUGACAAGGUACUUCGCCCCACACGAUGAAAUAGGACAGUUUCUGCAAACUCUCUUGUAAACCAUGUUGACAGUUCGAUGGACGAACACAAAUGACAUCUUUUUCGCAAAUAGUCAGGUUAUAUAGAGUGUCAGGAAAGCCAAACACAGGCCAGAGAGGCCAUAACCAGGCCUGAAAGGCCAAAACCAGGCCAAAAGGGACAAAAGGAGACAAACGGGCCAUUUCUAGUCAUGUGUCUUUAUUUUCUCAAACACACGCGUGGGUGUCGCGCGUCGCUAGUCACGCAACAGCUCUCAACAUUGGAAUCAUCAUCUUUAUUCGGUGUAAUCAAGAGAGAAUGAAGCAUUCUCUCUUGGUGUAAUCACAAAUAACAGUGCCUAAUUAAAAAAGUUUUGAUCGUGAAUUAGUAAUUGGUAUUUCAAAUUUCCGAUUUUUUUAUUUAUUGUAUCAGUUUACUAUUAUUGUUAUUAUUUUCAAGUCAGCAAUAAAACACUCUUAAAGUUUGGUUGUUUACAGUUUUUAUUGAAACGCAACAAUACAAAGGUCUAGGAAAAAUAAUUCUAUAACGUUCAUAGUUGUACAAGUCUUCAUCUUGAGGAAUAAGCUGCUUUUGAUACAGUCGAUUGAGUAAGAAUUUUCGCUUAUCGAUCGCUAGUUCUGUCGAUUCCAACCAAUGGAAUCCUUCUGUACCUUUUAGUUCUUUUUGGGUUUCAAUUACUUCUUUGAAGGUGGGAUCUUUUUUCAUUGCACGCAUCCACUGUAGAUUCUCUAAGGGUACUUUUCUUAGCUCUUUUCUGUAAACAGGAAGAAGUGCGUUCUUGGCUUUCACGCGGGCCACAUUUUCUGAAUCUCCGUUCCCUUCGUACACAUUGAUCAAUGCGUUGAGCUGGGUCUUAUGGCGUUUCUCGGCUUCAUCAAGAAUGCGUAAGCAAGGCGUUAAGUUUUCUGUUUCUUCUUGGGAAGACUGCGCUUCUUGGCUAGAGACUUCGCUUUCUUGGGAGAAAUCGCUUUCUUCGCUGUCUUCAUAUUUUCCAGCUCUUUGUUGAAGGUAUAAGGUAUAGCCUGUGCUCGUCAUCUUUGGUUUGAACCGCACGCCUUCUGAUAGGAAACUAAACUUCAGAAAGCAACGCGUCUCUUUUAUAGAAAAUUCGUGAAGGCAGGGUUUGAUAACUUUUUUAAUUAGGCACUGUUAUUUGUGAUUACAACAAGAGAGAAUGCUUCAUUUUCUCUUGAUUACACUGAAUAAAGAUGAUGAUUCCAAUGUUAAGAGCUGUUGCGUGACUAGCUACGCGCGACACCCACGCAUGUGUUUGAGAAAAUAAAGGCACAUGACUAGAAAUGGCCCGUUUGUCUCCUUUUGUCCCUUUUGGCCUGGUUUUGGCCUUUCAGGCCUGGUUAUGGCCUUUCCGGCCUGUGUUUGGCCUUUCUGACAGUCCAUAUAACCUGACUAUUUGCGAAAAAGAUGUCAUUUGUGUUCAUCUAUCGAACUGUCAACAUGGUUUACAAGAGAGUUUGCAGAAACUGUCCUAUUUCAUCGUGUGGGGCGAAGUACCUUGUCAGAUUAGCUAACCAUCUCGCGGAUGUUCAUCAGUUAGACCACAUACGGCGAAGACAGUAUUUACAAGAGGCGAAACUGCAACCUAAAGUUAAAGUCGUCGUUUACGACAGUGAAGCGGAUAAUUCCGGAAAAAAUCACUAUCACAAUCCAGUACAGACACGAGAAACGGUGUACUGCGAACUGUUAAGAUCAUAGAGAAAUGAAGCCUCUUUUAAAGCAAAAGCUAAAAGACCGACUACAAAGAACAAGACAAAGCGCAAGAAACAAAGAAAGUCGAACUCUUGGCUUAGAGGCCAUAGGAAGAUUGUGUAGACACGGAAGAAUUAUUUAUUAUUCCUCGAAAUAGAACGGAAAAAAAAGAUUUGUAAUAGUCAGUCAAAGGAUUAAUUUUCAUUCCUUUUCUUUCAAAUCGCUGUGUAUUUGACUCUUUUUUUGUUAUUGGUCUUUAAUAAAGUUUUUAAAACGGUAGCUGUCUUGUGGUUUUAUUGCUAGCCAUUAUUAGUCGCGUGUUUUAAUUGAUCCUCUUUAAGUUAUUUAAAAUUGUUUAUAUAAUAAUAAGUCAAGUUUCUCCCUUGGGUCUAGCUGUAGAGAUGAACUAAUUUGUAUUCAAGUUUGGGCGUGUGAACUCGCAUAAUUAACUGACUAACGGCGCGUGGAUUGACAAGACCAUAAGCUCAUCAAGCGCUGAGACUUCAAUGGUUAGUCGUUUCCUCGAGCUGGAACGGAGAAAACGCUUUAAUUUGUAAUGGUGAGUCAAAAUUGAAAUAGGGAGUUUUCAGCUCCACUUUGUGCAUGUGUGUGUAUGUGUUUUGUUUAUACAUCCGAUUUUUAGCGUUAAAUAAGAAGGCAUGUGUUGUUAGGCGAUUGCACUUCUUAUUCCAAUUUUUUUUUCAUUAGUUACUAGAAUGGAGUUUAUUUAAGAACCAAUAGAGUUAGGGUUUAUUUUAGAACCACCUGUUGUUUUCUAUAGAAUUUUUAUACCCUGUGCAAUACUUUCUACAGAGUCAAGUAAACAAAGAUUGACAUUUUUGCUUGAUAGGCAGUUUUUCGCUUCGCUGCGCUUCGACCCCAUUUUCAUGUUUUUCCCGAAAAGAAUGUGUACGAUUCCUCAUUCGCCUAACCUCGUUUUUCCUUCUUUUGAGGUAAAGAUUUUUCAGUUUACCUCUGUGUCUUGGUUUUGUUUAUAACCGAUUUUUAGUGAAAUAAUUUAAUGAUUAAAGAUUUUUCAGUUGGUAUGAUCUGCAAAGAUAGCAAAUAGCUGAUUAUAUCAAAAAAAUCACUUUUCUAUUUACAGAUUAUGAUCCCAACAUUUUUUGAUGACGUCAAUCCUUAGGGUAUUCUGACGCCACUUGCUCCUUGCCAGCUGAAAAUAAACUAUGACGUCAUCAUAUCUUAAUGGAAUGCAUGACGUCAUCCGUAUUAAUUUAAACUAUGACAUCAUCCUACCUUAAUGAGAUGCAUGACGUUAUCUGCGUUAAUUUAUACCGCUCAAAAAGUUAAUUAAAUCCACAAAAGGUUAAUUCGGUGCCUCCCCCACUACUAGUCACCGAUCGGCAAACAAAAUUUGUAAACAAACAUUUUAUUACUGUUCUCUCAGUUCGCCGUAUGAGUAUAAAGAUUAUCCUUAAUUGAGCAUACAUUUCAAUUGCUUAUCAGCAAAUGAACAAAUUCAUUGGCGUUGCAUCGGGUCAGUGUUCCGCAAAACAAAUGUUAUCGAGUAGAACAAAUAAAGAAACUAGAUUAUAAACAGAAUAUUCAGGCAAUAAUUUAUUUUAAAAACAUCAAUUCUUAAACAUAUACGAUCGUAAAGCAAAGGUACAAGGAACAUUUCAGCUGUCCCAGAUCGGUGAAGAUCGUGCGGCCUGUUGUGGUAUAACUACAAGUCGGAGUCGUCAAAAAUCAAAUCAAAGUUGAACGGACUCGUGCCUUUAACAACUUUCCAAGUGUCGUGUAUUCUUUUUGUAAGCCACACACUACUCCUAGAUCCAUACCAGAUCGAUCGGCUAAGCUUCUCUAUCUCCAAGACUCUUGAGAACGUCCAGUUGCCGGACGGCCACGAUGCUCUUCUGAACCUCCAUGAUCAAAACAUUAUUUUUUGCGUCUUCUUAAAACGUAACCAGUCAAACAACACAACCACACGUUACCGAAGUACAACUAGUAUAACUAGGCCAGCCAAAGCGACGGAUGUCGGAAUAAAACGAAGGAUUUUCAAUGAUUGUACCGGUAAUGGUGAUUUCGAAUUUAGUGUUGACUCAACAAAUUUAUUCUGAAGAGACAAACGGCGCGCAUGCGCAUAACCGUGAUCGCGUCCCUUUAAUAGCAAAUUUGAUUUUAGUCGCUUAUCCCACAUUGGCGGUUCUCUGGUCUUCUCCGUUUGAAAGCCUCGGAGAUCAUGGCCUAAAAUCCCGGACAUGGCGCCCGCGGAACGGCAGCGGCUAUCUCGUAUUUCCAAAACAGAGAUGGUGAUUGCGUCUAUAAAGAAAUGUAUGAGGUAAAAUCUAAUAUUUGAGCUUAUGAUAACUUCUAGCGUACCUGUAUAAUUCCAAGUUGGAAUCGAUCAGGUGAAAACAUCCUCAAUUCCGCUGUACAAAAUGCGUAUCUUCACCAGUUCGCUAACACCGUACAUUUUAAGCGUGUUUUGAGUCGUUCUCUCGCUCUUAAAGCCCCUCUAUUUUCUGUGGGAAGUUGUUGUAGCGGCAGUCCUCCACCGCAGCUGUGCAAUUUUCUUUUCAAGUGGUCGAUUAUUCCAAGUUCAUCCAAAUUUUCACAUUCAGAACCAUUUCACUCCGCUUAAUCAGUAAAAGGAUGAAGAAAUUCCUAACACAAAAACACCAGUAUAAUGCGAAAUAUUUAUCAGUCAUCCUAAUUUAAUGAUAAAAAUGCUUUCACGAAUUUUGUUCCAGAUUUCUGCCUAGGCAAAGGCAUAUGCAUAUGCGGGUACAUGCACACUCCAUUCCUGGUAGUAGAAAUAGUUGAUAGGUUCCUGGACCAAGCUUUAAUUUUUUUUGUCUACUCUUGAAGAAAACGUGGAAUUGCUUCAAUUAUAAUAUGGGUUUGACAACUUUUACAUAAAAUGCCAGUCCUGUGUGUUAAAAUUUCGACCCCACUCACAUUUUGUGCAUUUUCAAAAUUGACAAAAAUUGUAUCCCCCCCCCCCCCCCCCCCCCCCCCAAAAAAAAAAAGGCCCCCCUAAGGGGGGGAGGGGGAAAAAAACCGCGCGCCUUGUGAAAAACACAGAUCACGGUGUUUUGGGGAUUGCCGCCCGCUCCUCACGUGGAAAAAAAAAUUUUUUUACUCUUGUAUUAAAAAAAACGUGGAAUUGUUUUAAUUAUAAUUUUGGUUUUACAACUUUUAAAAAAAAAGCCACUCCUUUUGUUUAAAAUUUCCACCCCCCCCCCAUUUUGUGCAUUUUUAAAAAUUACAAAAAUUGUUUCCCCCCCCCCCCCCCACUGCGACGUAAAAAACGAUCGGUCCCUUAGAGGGCAAGAUGGCAAAAUACCGUGCGCUCUUGGAACCAACCAGAUUGCAGGAUUUUGGAGGAUUCCGCCCGCUGUCAAGCUUGGAAAAAAAAAUUUUUUACCAUCUGGUCGCAAGAUUUAAAGAAACUCAAACCCUUAUUUAGCAGCAAUAAAGAGGAUUACGCUUCAAAAGAGGUCAAGUAAAAUGCUCUUGCAUCAGAGGGCAAAUCCUGUCGACCAGGAACAAAAAUAAAACCACAGAAAGUCAAUAUGCCUGCCAUGACCUCUCAGUGUAAAACAAGCGGCUAAAAUCUCAUUUGGUCAGUCAAAACGUACAUAGAACCCCCUAGAGCAUAACCUACCCGCCAGGGGAAAAAACCUAUUGGAACAAACAGCAUUUUGGCCUGAGGUAAAUUCGUGUGGCUUACCGACUCCUUUUUCACUAUGGCUGUAAGCGAUUAGCGCCAAAACUUGAAUGCAUGGCACUCUUGAAAAGCAGGUUAUUUUCUAACUCUUUUCUUUGUCUUUUUAUUUUUUUGAAAUCUUUGUUAUCAUGAUGAGUUAACCGUGUUGAAAUAAAGAUGUUUUAUCAUUCAUUAUUACAAGUAGCAUUAUUAUUCAUACGGCGAAGCUUAGCGCAGUGGCCAAAAAAUCCUCCACACAUAGGUGAACGUAUAAUGUCAAAAAGUGCUGAACAUCCAGGCAUUUGUGUUAAUGCGUGAAAGGCGGGAAGUUAAGCGCAAGAAGAUAAAAAAAAAGUAAUUAUAAAUGAUAACAAAUAAAUCGACGACAUUUUUGAACCAUCGAUAUUCUACCCUCGACCCUCGAUAUAUUACCCUCGUCCCUUGAAAUUUUACCCUCGACCCUCGACAAAAACCUACACUCCUUAUGUUUUAGAGGUGAGAGACGAAGCGAAAGGGGAAAUGAGUUAAUAAUUGACAAUCAAAGCCUUUGUUUUUGUCGCAUAUCGUAUUUGUCCUUUGGCACCGGGACUCAAGAGACGGUCACUGCAAUCGUCAGGGGCACCCAACGACGGUUUCCUCCUAAAUACAUUGAAAACACUUUUUAGGCUACCCAGAGUACUUUUAGAUCUCUAGAAGUGCAUUUUAAGCAGCGCUAUAAAAUUUGCAUCUGUUCGGUCAUCCUAGGGCAACUUAAGUCUUUUCGAAACUAUUAGGGCUUCAGUACUACUUUCCCGAAAAAUUUAGAUGUAAUUUAACGUUUUAAGAAAGUGAGAAUUUUUUGAAUUCCUCUUUCCAUAGCAUUUUUUCAUCCGAAAAUUUUAGGUUUCCGUUUUACUACGAAAAAUAACUAAACCUGGGGUCGAAGUGUGAAAAAUUAAACUUUAGAAAAUCGUAGGGAAUUUAUUCGCUAAGCUUCAAAAAUUGUACACAGAUGGAACAGUCACUUAGAAACAUUUAGCCGUCCUCAAGUAAUAGAAAAUUUUAGGCAAUAUUUGCUUCUCCGAACAGAUAUUUUACAGAAAACAGUUGUUGGGUGCCCCUGAAUCGUGUAACUAAUAAUUCUCAACCGACAACUGAGAUAUCAACCGAGGUAGGUGACACUGUUUUCGCCGAGCGAGGACAUCAGAAGAUUAUAAAAGUUAUCAUGCUGAUUAGAAUUACCGAAGAAAGUGUCAAAUUUAUCGAAACUAAGUCUAUCCAAUCAAACUUAAAACUUAGAAUAUGAGCUUACAUACCUGAAUAAACAGAUUCACACUUCAUAACAUUUCACUUUGGCUAUUACGGUCAGUUUAACACCUUAAUUUCGAAGUUUAGACUCAAGAAUCCCGAAAUGGACAAUAAACAAAUCUGCUGGCAAGACCCUUGAUGAUCACUUUGCAAGUUAUGAAAACAUCGCUUGGAUUAAUUUAAGGGAAUGUUUGGGGAGUAGCCUCGAGCUUCUCCCCUAAAUUUAACAGUUCCUUUUGAUACUGUUUUUGUUUCUGUUCAGAGUUAGCUCUGAAACACCAAUAACAAUAGCAGUAACAACAACAAUGGUUAUUUCUUGAUUAUACUUUUUACAGAAGUGUACGGGCCCGCAGGUAGCUGGUGCUAAUCUUGGCGGGCCGGUCAAUUAAAGUGUAAGGAAUUCUUUUUAUACGGAGCUGUAUCCGCUCGUUCUGAAACAGUUCAGGCACCUGGUAUGUCCGAUAAAAGAAAGUGUAAGAGCCUAUUAUCUGCAGAGCGAAAAAAAUCCAAAAAAAAUCAUUCGACAGUCGUUGACACCAAGAUAAUACAUCGAGUAGGGUUUAGUGUAUGGAUAUUGGUCAGACACUUGUUUUGAGUUAGGUAGGAAAACACGACUUCUUGAAAUUAUCUACUUACUUUUCAGUGUCGUGUGGGUCAAAAGUCAAUAACACAUUGAAAAGUCCUGCAUACUCAGAUGGCUUCUAUGCUGGCAACAUGAACUGCAGUUACAAUGUUUCGAUUCCAGAUGGUAAGGCGCUGAGACUCAAGUUUCAAACAUUUGAACUGGAGUCUGAUUCAGAAUGCAGGUAGGAAUAAAUACGUCUGGCUUGUCUUUUCUAAGCUUUAAUAUUGUGAUGAAGGGAGAAUAACUUGCCUGGGAGAACAUUUUGAAAGAGACUUUAAUGUCCAUUCAACUGUCAUAACGUCAUUUUCUUCUAUUUCGGUUGGGUCAAAAAUUGGCAAAUUAAUGCAGGGAAGGCUUCCCUUGACCCAUCGGAUUUAUCUUUAAUUUCUUCUCAAACGAACAUCCGAAGCGAAGCAGCGAGCAAGAGGAGAAAAAUAAACCUGGUGACCAUCGUACCGAAUCUCUCAUUCAGCCAGGCGCCUGGGUCAGGAUAUGACCCUCGGGUUCUGACUGGUGGGUAUAUUAACCACUGCGAGAUCCAAUCUUAUUGGUUCUUGCCAUUGGAUUUAGCGAGGGGACAGAAGUAGGGAUAUUUGUUAUUUCGCAGCAAGGUAUAUUGAUAGACAUUUUCUUGUAGGAUCGAUUAUUUGGUAAUAACGAAUGGUGUUACAGAAGUUCGAUACUGCGGUGACCUCACAAGAAGAGACCUUUUGAUAUCCGGAAACUACGUUGAAUUAACGUUCCACACGGAUUGGUUGCUCGAGAACAAAAGAGGAUUUGAAAUAUUCUUUACUGAAGAAAUUCCCGGUAAGUUUACAAAGGUCACAAUUUGGCAUAUCUCCAUUUAAGUACGGUCUAUUACAGAAUGCUUUAUGACCGGAAGACACGGAAGAUUCUUCACAAGAAUAAACGUGGGAGGGAUUUUAGGCGAGCAAGUAAAAUGUAAAUGACAUGGCAAAAAAGGCGUUCUUCCUUCAAAACACUGACUUAGGUUUCUGCCCCAGUAAAGAUGGUAAAGGGUACAUAGCUUAUGGAAUAAAUAUCUCCUCUCGUCUUCCUCAGUGUUGUGGCCGGGCUUCCCUGUUCCAACUCUUGAAGUGCUUUUAUUAGUAGAUAGCCGCACGCACAGCAACGAAAAUGACAACAGCUCCAAUUACCUUUCAGUACUUUGUCCACAAGGCUGGAAUUCAAGUUUACAUGGCGUAUGUUACAAAGUCUAUUCCAACCAUUUGGACUGGAAGUCAGCAAAUUCCGCGUGUAUAAAACUGGGAGGAAACCUCGCUGUAUUUAAUUCGUAUGCCAAAUUACAAGAAUUUCCUGAAAAUGCAUUCGGCGGCUAUGCAUGGAUUGGUUUACGAAGAGAUCCUGAAGACGAGAAACACUGGUUGUGGGUUGGUGGGUCACGCCCUGCUUUCGCUUCCUGGAUUACUGGGGAACCAGUCAAUCCGUAUAUCGAGGAUUGUGGGGGAAUACUUUUGCCGUCAAGGAAAUGGAAUGACUUGACUUGCAAGUACCCUCUUAGAUACAUUUGUGAAAUCAAUGGUACGUACAACUGCCUUCAUUCCUGCAAUCAUAGUCAAUAGUAUUGGGAAGGUUACUACUUUUUACCUCAUUUGUUUUUUGUUCUUUUCCCCGCCCCCUGGCCCAAUGUUGUAGAAAACUAAAGUGUUUUUACGCGUAAUAGACCAAUUUCGAUAUAUAAAAAAUCAAACUUGGUUCCGGGUUGUACAAUCUUCCCAGUUACUUUUGUCCGUGAUUAUAGCUUAGAAAAUUUCAGAAAGUAAUAUGAUAUGCAUUUCGCUACAGAUCGCCAGUUGCCCCUAGAGUGUUAUGAUCUAGUGGCUGUGCUAGGUUAUCCUAUCACCUUGUAUGGUAGUCUCCCUUAUUAAAAAAAUGGGGGUGCUUGGAGUAGGGGGGGGGGCUGAUGAUCGCAAUCAUGUGGUUAAGUCUUGGACAAACAACUUGACAUGCCAUUGUUCUGGCAAAGCUACAUUUCAAGGAAUAAAACAUCUCCAUGAAGCAAGACGCAAUCAAUUUCUUCACACCUCUAUUGGUGUAAGUAAGGCAGACAAAAUCAUGAAAAUCUCAUGUUGUCCUCGAGAUUCAUCAUUAAACUGAUAGUCACCUUGAUGAAAUGAAUACUUCCCCGGAAAUUUAGAAACAUGUUAGCAAUCGCAAAAAGGGCCGUUACCUUUCACCUCUUAUGAAUCUCUGAACGACUAGCAACACGUACAGUGUGGAAUGGGUAGGAAUUAUUGACUUUGACGUCACAUAACAAAAAAAGUCAACUUGCGCUUGUCCCGAAUCUGACAUCCAUAAAAUCAAGAAUUUUCAUUGCUAAUAUGGCGUGUAACACCACUGACCUUCUUAAAUAGUGUCUGGCUUACUCAUGCUCGCCAUUAAUUUAUUUUUCUUGACUGUGAGAUGGGGCAGAAUUAUCCCCCUAUAGUUUAUGUACAAUCUGAAUAAUAUCAAAUACUGCCUUCUUGUGGUCCGUUUCGCAAUUGCGUGCUACGGAAUUUAACGCCUUUCCAGAUACGCCUGGCACCUUUUUCUUUAGUACAUCUACCAUUGUUAUUUUUCGGCUCGUCAGUUUAUUUCCAAAUAUCCCUCACACUGAAGUUCCACUUUUUUUAAUAUUCCGUUUUGAAGCAGAUUCAGCAUAAUUAAGAAUACCGUAAAAUUCCGAAAAUAAGCCUCGGGGCUUAUAUUUUUCAAAGACCCUUUUUGAGGGUCUUUUUUUGGAGUGGCGUAUAAUUAUUCGGAGGGGCUUAACUACGAAGGGAAAUUUGCGUUUCAAAAUCGAUUGGGCUAGCCUUAUAGUUGGAAGUAAAUUUACCGUUUUUGCUUUGUUUUACUUUGUAUCUGAGGGCAUUUUUCUAAGUAUACGCCCCCGGGGGGGGGGAUUAUAUUCGGAGGGGCGAUUUAACGGAGGAUUUUUUGCGUUACCGGUUUGGGGGGCUUAUAUUUGGAGGGGCUUAUACAUGGAGGGGCUUAUUUUCGGAAUUUUACGCUAUCAGGACAGUCAAUCGAAGGGUGGGCCGGAAACUCUAAGAACGGCUCACAGGAUUGGUUUAGAAAACAAUAGAUAUCCCUGACCCAAACAAAACUAACAAUGAACCCCAACUCUGAAACAAUAGAGCUUUGGGCCAACAAGAACCUAAUUAGAGGUUCUGGCCAACAGCAAUCGAAGCUGUACUUAAUAGUCAAUAUAAGUGUUGACUGUGAAUCGGUGGAGUGAAACAUUCUUUCGUCUUAUGUUCUUUUGGUUUGUUUUCAUAACCAUAACAAAGUUGAUAAAGCCAAAUUUUUGCAUCCUACUCCCUCAAGCGAGGAGCACCACAGUUUUUAUUUUAUUUUAUAUUAUAUUUAUUUUUCUUUAUUUUCUUUUUUUAUUUUGUUAACAAAACUCAUCUUUCAUUUGUUGUAAAGCAGAAACUCCUAAAACCAGUACAACAGUAAAGAGAUAAUUAGCCAAGAAAGUACAACCUCGUUACUUAACAUAUUUCAAAAUAACAGACUUUCACGUUCUUGAUCAAUCGCCAAAGACCGAAGACUUAGACUUAAAAAGAGCUCUAUUGCAGUUAUUAAAACCAGAAUUCACAUUAUAUUGACCUCUCCUAACCGUAAAUCUGGUGCCCAAAUUGUAAUAUAAAAGACUUGUAAAAAGCAUUCUCUGAGUAAAUUUCAUUUCAUCUUUAUGCUGAUGAUACCAGCAUAAUCUUUGCGAAUAGCAAUCAAAGACAAACUCGGUGAACCGGAAGGAAACUUCGAAAUGUCCAAUGAAAGUAAACCCAUGACUGCUGCAUCAAACUUAAAUCUUAAAUGAAGAUUAAUCGAAUUAGUUACUCCUCCGCCCACCCUAAAAAGUUCUUAGUAAAAGAACCUAACAUAGAUUGUGGAUGAAACUUGGUGCACUGAUGUAACAAGUCAAGACGUGAUAAAAAAGUACGCAAUAAAAAGUUGGGGUCACCAUGCUCGUUUUCACGUCACAAUGCUGAGAAAUCAUGACGGCUAUUUGGGACCCUUUUGGACCGCGCGCAGCCCAAAACUAGACAAAAAGGAAAAAUUUUUUUGAUGAUGCAUGUGGCAUCGCACAGAAUUUGACUUGAAUGUAUUGUUUAAACCCUUACGUACAUUAAAAAUUCCCUUGUUUUUACUUUGCGCUCCAAAGAAGACUUAAUUUGGACACUCGCUGUUCGACCCGUUAUAGCUCAAUCCGUACACUUUAAUUAAAUUUCCAAAACACAGAACAUAGAUUUAUGCCAAUUUUUUUUCUCAUUGAAAGGAAGCACUGUUCUUACUAAAAUCAUGAAACAAAAAGUGGGGGUCAGCGUACUCGUUUUUGCGGUAGAGCUGCAGAAAGUGCGCACCAAAUGCAUUUCCUUGAGAUGGGACUAGGGCGAGUUUCAAAAUGGCAUGUAUGUGAAAGGGUGAAGAAAGCAUUAAAAAAUCAGUUUUACAGAAUUUACAUCGAGAUAUCACAGUUAGGACGCAAUGUGAUAAAGAUGGCGCUUAAAUGAAAUCAAAGUGAGUUAGCACAAGUUAACAUCCACUAUCGAGGUUCUUCGUGAGGAAGUCGAACUCAGCAACACGCGUACUGCUUACGUAAUGCACAUUCCUAACACAUUGAGUCUCAUCUCGGCAAGAAACAACCGCAAACGAAAAUUUCAAUAGCGUUUCUCUUCAGUCAACUUCAUUUUAAAGCUUUUUAAUAAUAUUACUUCAGAUGGUAUUUUUCACGGCGGUUAUCUUGUUAUACGCAGUAAGAGAUGCGCAGAGCAAAACCAGCGAAUCACCUUAACAACCUUUUCAACCAAUUAUUAGACUAGUUCACUACUGUUCACAGUCCCUUACUUUUUCGUAAGAUCGUCGAGAUCAAAGACUUUGCGUUACGGGCGGCAAUCUUGGUUUCAUAUGUGCCGAACACUCAUCCUAGAUGGCCGCCCGUAACGCAAGGUCUUCAAUCUCGACGGUCUUACGGAAAAAUACUAGGGAUUGUAAACAGUCUAUUCCAAUUCCGAAAACACAUGUAUACUAGAAAUGGAGCAUUAUAUCAAAAAAUAUAUAUUUAGGUAUAUUUUUAAAAUCUAUAGUCUUUCAUGGACCCGGACUACCAUAUAGACCAUCUGUGUCAAAAAACUGGUAAAAUACUGGAAAAUAGCGCUAAGCUUCGACACUUUGUCCCACGACAUGUAUUACUUACCAUACACUACUCACUUAUUUCACCAUAUCUGCACUAUGGUAUUUUUGCUUGGGGCCAGUGUGCACAGACUCAUCUCCAUAAACUGUUGCAGAUAUUGCAAAGACGAGCAAUGAUAUUCUGAUAUUCUUCAUUUCAGCGAGAGAGUAUUCAACGCCUAUGCUCCAUUAGCCAUCUAAUGUACAUGUAUGAUGUACACAACAACCCAUAGUACUGAAAUUGAAAAUAUCCUCAAAAUGUUUCAGAAAGUGUCUUACACUCACCAAAAUCGAACUAGCUCUAAAACUGAUAAAAAGAAAUUUGUAUGCAAAGUACAAGAACUGAGAAAAUAAGAAAUUCUUUUUCAAGAUCUGGUGUCCAAAAUUAGAAUAGUCUGCCUUUGUUCUCUAAAAGUACUAAGUCAAACGUAAUUCAAAUCGGAAUUUAAGAAAGUGCUCCUUGAAACCUUGAAUAUGAGGAUUUUUAUACUGAAGGUUCUGAAAUUAAAAAUAUAUCACCACUACUACCCAGUAUCAUAAUCAAAUAUCCACAGCGAUUGAUUGUGUAACGAAACUAAAUACUACAGUCUGUGCGUAUGCAUGAAGUUACAGCAACUCAACCAAUUACCAUAAUUUUCUUUCUUUUGUUUUUGUCAUAACCCCCCCCCCCCCCCCCCCCAAAAAAAAAAAAAAAAAACGCCUAAGCCGACAUCUAUGCAUAUUGAUCUCACGCUUAGCCAAUAACGCAUAUAUCUUUGGUAGGUUGUCCUGAAAACUGGACUGCAUUGCAUGGCUUUUGCUACAGACUCUCCUUCAAUAGCCUGGAUUGGAGGGCGGCAAAAUUUGCUUGCAAAGCACUGGGAUCUAAUCUCACAAUGUUGAAUUUACGAGUUGAGCAACAACACCUUCGUUGGGGAGAGAGGACUUGGAUUGGUUUGCAUCGUGAUUCCAGUGAUAAAUCAAGCUGGUUGUGGAUUGAUGGCUCGCAAGCUGUUAACAUGACCUUCGAUUCUAAUCAACCAGUAAACUUUAAACAACAAUCGGAAGAUUGUGUGUACAUGAGGCCAUCUGGGAAAUGGAAUGACCUGAACUGUAAUGAGUCCCUUAGUUACUCUUGCGAAUUGCCCGCAGGUUGGUUA